ACGGUAUGGGGAUUUUCCUCACUGAAGUUAAAAAAAAAUUGAAAAGGAGUGAGCAAUCCGAUGUCUGUUCCAGUCCCACUUGCCUUUUCCACGUCUUCACCCUUGUUAAAUACCCCCACCCCACUUCUUCAGUGGGCACCAAAAAAGCUUCGUGUUUUUUUUCCAAUGGAGAAGAUUACUCUGCUCUCUCUGUUUUUCCUUGUCUCCAUUUCGUUUGCUUCCGCUAGAGUAGAGAAUGUUUUGUCUUUGAAUGCAGACCCUCCUCUGGCAAAUGGGCUUUCAUGGACCUUUUAUAAGAGCACCUGCCCCAAACUGGAAUCCAUUGUCAAGAAUAGAAUCAAGUUUUAUAUGAAUCAGGAUAUCACCCAGGCCGCCGGGUUGCUACGUGUUCACUUUCAUGACUGUUUUGUUCAGGGGUGUGACGCUUCUGUUCUGUUGGAUGGACCGUCCAGCGAGCAAAAGGCCCCUCCAAAUUUAACACUACGGAAAAAAGCUUUAGAAAUAAUAAACGACAUUAAAAAGCGUGUGGACGAGGCCUGCGGUGUCGUGGUGUCCUGCGCAGAUAUUACUACUCUCGCAACUCGGGAUUCAGUCGUAGAGGCUGGAGGGCCAAACUACAAGGUGGCACUAGGACGAAGGGACAGCCUAACAUUUGCGAGCGAAGAGGAAACAAAUGCAAACCUCCCAGGUCCAUCGUCUAAGGUCUCUGACCUCAUUCAAGCUUUUCGUAGAAAAAGUCUUGAUGCCACUGAUCUUGUGGCUCUUUCAGGUGCGCACACCAUAGGAAUGGGGCAUUGCAUAAUGUUUACGAAUCGACUAUAUCCUAAACAAGACAACACCCUCGACAAAUCCUUCGCCAAAAUGUUGUAUACGACUUGUCCAAGCACAAAUUCUCCCAACUCCACUGUAUUAGACAUCCGCACGCCUAAUGCAUUUGACAACAAAUAUUAUGUAGACCUCAUGAAUCGACAGGGCCUCUUCACGUCUGAUCAAGAUCUUUUCACAAAUGACCGCACCAAACAAGAUGUUAUAGACUUUGCCCUCAAUCAAACUCUAUUCUUUAAGAAGUUUUCUUCGGCCAUGGAAAAAAUGGGUCAAUUGGGUGUAAAGACAGGCAGUAACGGGGAGAUCAGAAGAAAGUGUUCCUCUCCCAAUCCAACUUCUUCCCUUGCCACUCUGGUGAAAAAUGUUAUCGAUUCUGCAACUUUCAUUUGAAAUAUGUGUUUAACCAACAUCCACUUUACAUUUCUCUUUUUAAAAGAGAAAACUACGUGUGAUGUUGUAGAUAAGUUGUUAACUGAGUUUGUAAUAGAGAUGUUGCUUUAAUAAUGACAUUAUUACGAUCUUGAAAAAAAGGUU